GAGCCGCAGCCGCAGUGGCAGCGCGAGCAGCGGCGCAGACUUCGAGGCCGCCAGCGAGGGCCGCGGCCCGAGCAGGGAGCCGCCCCGCGGCCCCGGCGGCGGCAGGGCGAGCGCGGGCUGGAGCGGCAGGCGCCAGCUCUCCGACGCGGUGCCGAGCGAGGGCCCCCCCGCGCAGCAGCCGGCCCGCUCGCCGGGGCAGCGCACCGGCGGGGGCGACCAGGGCGACGCCGACGACGCGCAGUCGUUCUUCUCGGCUUCCUGGCAGGUGGCGGACGAGCUGGGUCAUUCUGGGGCUAUGGCCGCGCCGCGCUACCUCCUGGUGCGCCUCGGGGAGAGCAUACCGGCUGAGACCGGCGCUGCCCAGGUUCACUUGUCAAGGCUGGACACGGGCCCGCAGUGGCGCGAGUUCCUGGACUACGACGACGACAGCAGCCUCUGUGGCGUCGACGAGGUGCUGACGUGCCCCUGCUGCCUGGCGAUAUUCCGGCAGCCGGUGGCGCUGCCGUGCGGUCACACGUUGUGUCGUGGUUGCUACGCGCGGGUGGUAUCGCAGGCGGCGCCCCACGCCCGGCGCUGCCCGAUGUGCAGGGCCGACCUGCCCCGCUGCGACGUGCGCGUGAACCUCGCCCUGGCGGCGGUGUGCGACUCGCUCCGCGCCUCGAGCGCCCGGUCGAGGCCGGUGGCGCCGGGCCAGUGCCCCGCUGCAGCCGUCGCCGCCACUCAGGAAGUGCUCGCCUCCAUGAGGUGGAACGUGCGCCGUGGCGCCACUCGCCUCUGCCCGAGGAAGGCCCUCCAGGCCGGCUCCCACGGGAGGAGGGCCUCGAGCACGCUCGAGAAGCUGCUCGGCGGGAAGGUGUCCUGCGACCUGGACGACUUCCUGCGGCCCCACGAGGACCCCGUCACGCGACAGAACACGACGGCCACGGCCGCGUGGCAGGCGAUGCCGGUGACAUCUAUCUCGGGGCUGCUGUCGUUCCGGAUCCGGAUGAUCAACUGGAGCCACGUGUACAGCGCGGAGUACAGCCUCUACGCCACCACGGUGGCGGUCUGGGCGCUGACGGCCGUGGUAGCCUGGCAGCUCUUCUCCGGGAUCCACGACCUAGCUCACGGCAGCUGA